AUGCCGUGCGGACUCGGAGGAAACAAGACUACCCAGAGGAAACUGGUGUUAUUAGGUGAUGGCGCGUGCGGCAAGACUUCGUUGCUGAAUGUCUUCACCAGAGGGUAUUUCCCUACAGUCUACGAGCCUACGGUGUUCGAAAACUAUGUCCACGAUAUCUUCGUGGACAAUGUUCAUAUCGAACUCUCCCUCUGGGAUACAGCCGGCCAAGAAGAAUUCGACCGCCUCCGAUCCCUCUCCUACGACGAUACCCACGCAAUCAUGCUCUGCUUCUCUGUCGACAGCAAAGACUCCCUCGAGAACGUCGAGUCGAAAUGGGUGGGGGAGAUUGCCGAGAAUUGCCAGGGCGUGAAACUCGUCCUCGUUGCUCUGAAGUGCGAUCUCCGCGAACAGAACGCCGAUGACGAAGCGCCGGCCGAGGGCGGACAAGUGAGGGAGAAGAAGGAUAUGAUUGAUUAUAACCAGGGAUUGGAGGUCGCGAGGCGGAUAAACGCCUUGAGAUAUCUGGAGUGCUCGGCAAUGCGCAAUCGAGGGGUCAAUGAGGCGUUUACGGAGGCAGCUAGAGUGGCAUUGAGUGUGAAGCCAAAUGGAGGGAAGGAUGACUCCAAGUGUAAUGUUAUGUAA